GUGCCAUUUGUAAGAAUUGAGGUAAAAUAUUUUUAAAAAUGAGCUACACGCAUCAAUAGAAUGAGAAGAAAUAAUGGCGAAGAUGUCAUUAAAAAAAUGACAAGGUAUAGUGCUGCAGAGAUAUCAAUCAGAAUUAGCAUGCUAAAUUACUAGCUACAGCCCGACUGGUGUGGUAAUACCAGUUUCGGCCAUGGGAGGCGGUAUGCGGGACACGUACAUAACCGCCAGCCAAACUGCAAUACACGAAUAACUCGCACGUGUGGAAAGUACAGCCCACUAUAGUCUCAGCCUCAGACGUCACGCCCACAGACUGUAUUGAAGGUCUGGCUACGCCCACUACUACAUUUCAGUUCAGGUAAGAGAGAGGAAGAAUGGCUGAAGCACUUGGCAAGAGACCACCACCACCACCACCAUUCCCACCUGUUGCAGGAAAAAAACCGCGAUCGGAGGCGCAAAUAAAAUCGGAUAAAAAAAGGAACCGAACAAGAGUAAAUAUUGGCACUGCGUUUCAUCGCUGGAGACAGUUAUUGGACAUGAAGGAAAUGAGGUUCGACUCCGAACUGGCAACAUUUCUUUUGGAUUGGUAUGAAGGACCACUGUCUUCUACUCCUAUGAAAAAACGGGCAGCACUGACAGAUCUCACUCUAACAAGCAUCGGGUCAAGUGAUUCUGAUAAAGACAAGCAUACCUCAGAAAAGGCCAGCAAGGGCUCGGCCGGUGUGGAAGAAUUGGCCAGGCUUGAGUGCAGCCUUGGGGAAAUGAGCAUUGGUGAGGAGGAACAUCUGGAUGAACAAGCCAUCAAUGACUUGAGGAAUAGCACGAUUGACUGGGCAGUUAACCCUCCAGCAUCAGAUACUGAUUAUGAGGAGCAGGACAGCUCUGAUGAAGAGUACAUCCCUCCACUUUCUCUUCGGUUGGGUGGAGCUUUACCAAAUGUUCCAAACUUUGAUGCGCUGCCAGUCAUUGGUUUGGAAGAGACCGUACACGACCUCCCUGCAGAUUUUGAGUCUGAACCAUCUACAGAUCCUGACAGCUCCACUGCCUCACCAGCUGAUUCAAAUGUGCCAACUGUACAGAAGGCAGAGGACAUUGUUGGUGCAAAGGCAUCGAUUGUGUAUGAUGAUUGCUUGAAGUACCUUGCGGCCUUUGUUACACCACCAGUGAAACGGUGCACAGCAAUAAAUGUGACCGGUGCAGCAUGCCAACGCCAUCCACCAUUCCUGGUAAACAUCAAAGGGAAAGGCACUGCAAGCAUGUUAGAAUGGAGCUGUGCUGAUGGACACAUUGUGUGGCGAUGGGUUUCACAGCCCUUGAUGAAGUACGGACUUCAGGCUGGAGACUUUAUGCUGAGCACCAACAUCCUGCUAUCAGGAAACAACUACACUAAAAUUGCACUGCUAUUUAGAUUUAUGAACAUGGGCAUUUUUGGCCCAAACACUUUUUUCUCCAUCCAAGACACGUACUGUGUUGACUCUAUCAAAAAGUACUGGAUGGAAAAAAGGGCAGAUGUGAUUUCAAGACUUCAGGGCAAAGAUGUUGUUGUCCUUGCUGAUGGCAGAAACGACACACCGGGUCACUGUGCGCAGUACUGUAGUUACACUACAAUGGAAAACGACACAUUGGAGAUCAUCAGUGUAGUCACAGUAGACAAAAGACAAACCGACAGACGGUCUGCCAUGAUGGAGAAGGAGGCCUUCAUCUUGACUAUGGAUCAACUAGUCAAUGAAGUUAAACUUAUCGAAAUCUGCACAGAUGCCCACUCACAGAUUGGUGCCCUGAUGGAUCCUGUAAAGGGGAGGUACAAGGACCAAAGGAUUCACCACAGCUUAGAUAUGUGGCAUGGUGCCAAGAAUUUGGCAAAGAAGAUUGCGGCUGCAGGCCAGGUAAAAGAACUGUCUGUCUUACUACUUUGGCUGAAAGACAUCGUAAAUCACUUCUGGUGGUGCUGCAAAACAGCCGACUCCUAUGAAGAGUUCCUGGCACUGUGGGCCGGCCUUUUACAUCAUGUCUGCAACGAGCAUGAGUGGGCUAUGGGCAGCUGUAAACAUGGGCAGCUGGCAGAUUCGGAGAAGCAAUGGAUUCAAAGAGACUCUAAAGCACACAAGGCUCUUGUGGAGAUAAUCCUCAAGAAACGAUGGUUGAAGGAUGUGCACAAAUACCUGCGCUUUAGAUCAACAGCAGUCCUCGAAUCCUUUCAAAACCAUAUAUUGAUGUAUGCCAGCAAGCGCUUUGCCUUCAGUCCACCGGUGUACGAAGCCCGAGUCCUCCUGGCAGCCCUGGACUACAACUACCAUCGGGACCGACCUACUCAGAAGAGGGCAGAUGGUACAGAGAUGUACAGACGAGUGUACAAAAAGAAUGCCAAACAGUACAGUGUCUAUGCGCGCAAGACUCCCAAAAGUUACAGCUACAUUGUGGAGCUACAGACGCUGGUGGUGAGAUCUAGGCUGGCGAGUGGCUCUGGAAUGCCCAGGUCAAGAACCCUAAGGCCAGAUGACCCACGAAGGCUUGGUUUACUUCCACCUGUACCACCCCCACCAACAGCAGAGCUUGUACAAAGACAAGUCAGGAGAGGACUAGGACCUGAUUUACAGUCGAGUUCUCCCCAGUGAAGUCAGAAUUGUGGCAUCCAGUGUACGUAUAGUACAAGCCUCUGGCAGAGAGAAGGAUUGUGACCAAUGGGACACCCACCAACAUUCACACUGUCCAUGCAAAUUAGUACAUUUUAAUUUGUAGUUCACCAUCUUACUUCGUCUAGGAUUUAAUUUGAAUUCCUGUAAUGUUUUUACAGGGUGGCUAAAAUGUGUGAGUGUUUGCAUGUUUUGUAAAUAAAACAUCUGA